UCCAGUCUUGCUGGCUCGGCAAGCCCGAUAAGCAUGAAGCUGCUGUGUUUGGUGGCUGUGGUCGGGGGCUUGCUGGUGCCCCCAGCUCAAGCCAACAAGAGUUCUGAAGAUGUCCGGUGCAAAUGCAUCUGUCCGCCUUACAGGAACAUCAGUGGGCACAUUUACAACCAGAAUGUCUCUCAGAAGGACUGCAACUGCCUGCAUGUGGUGGAGCCCAUGCCCGUGCCGGGCCAUGAUGUGGAAGCGUACUGCCUGCUUUGCGAGUGCAGAUUCGAGGAGCGCAGCACCACCACCAUCAAGAUCAUCAUCGUCAUCUACCUGUCUGUGGUGGGGGCCCUCCUGCUCUACAUGGCCUUCCUGAUGCUGGUGGACCCCUUGAUUCGAAAGCCGGAUGCUUAUACUGAGCGGCUGCACAAUGAAGAGGAAAAUGAGGACGCACGCUCCGCGGCGGCGGUGGCUGCAUCCAUCGGGGGACCCCGAGCUAACACUGUCCUGGAGCGAGUGGAAGGCGCUCAGCAGCGGUGGAAAUUGCAAGUUCAGGAGCAGCGGAGGACAGUCUUCGACCGGCACAAGAUGCUCAGUUAAACGGCUCACGCGGUGGCACCAAGGACCAGGCCAUGGCUGCCAGUUUCUGGGGCUCGACGGAGCCAGUGGCCAGCUCCCUCCCCUUCUUGUAGCCAACCCUUCAAAAGCCCGUGGUAUUUGUCCUCCCUCUCUACAAGUGUACUCGGCUGUUUUAACCAGGGAGUGUGAUUGGGUCUCUGGUCUCUAGUGUGUCUGUAGGUCUCUGGGGUGGAGGGAGGAAAGGCAAGGCAGAAGGGAACAGAGACAUUUGAGGUGACCACAAGGCUGGAUGCCAUUUAUCCCUUCUCAUUGUUCUCCGCUCCGAAUCUUGGGGAAUCUUUCUGCCCUUUGGGAGACGGGCUCUGUGGGUGCCCAGCACUGAGCCUGUGCUCCAGGCUCCUCAUUCCGCUCUCUGCAGGGCCAGUACCUUAGCUCCUACUUGGCCCAUGUCCCCAUCCUCAGGAAUUGUUCAGGUGCCACUGAGCCACCUCCCAGGAAGCCUCCAACCCCCCCCCCCACCAGGAAGCCUCCGUCCUUUGCCUCGGCUCCUGGCCCACCUAUGCACGGCAGUACCCAGCAUACUCAGCGCUGUCCCCUCUCAGGAGGCCAUGCAGCCCCCAUAAACCCUCGGUGACUGCGACUGCCGAGCCAUCAAGCUGGACCAUAGGAUAGGGAGCUGAGCAGCAGGGGGUUGAAUACCAUGGCUCCUGUCCUUGGAUGAACACUUGUCCCUGAAUUUCAUUGUACCAUGCAUGGAGAGAAAUGAUCACCUUUCUGUUGUCUGUAAACCAAGGAAGCCAUCAUUAAAUUGUUUUGUUUUGGG